GCCUUUAACUGGCGGUUAAAGUGAUGAUAGUUUGGGCUGAAGGGGAAAAAGUGUAGGUGUUCACUCUCCCCCUGCUUUCUGAGGGGCCUCUGUGUGACAUAUGCUGUUACGUAAUACCAACGGCUGAGGUUAAGUGAAUGAGGGUAAAUGAAAAACAGCGGCUGAGCCAUGCUGCCGACUGGACUGUUUCUGCUUCUCUGUCUGGCAGGACAUGUGUUUGCCAAAGAACUGCCAGAUGUGGACUGUUUGUUGGUGCAUCUGAAAUAUGUUCACUGUUCCUGGAAUAAGCAAGGGACUCCAGAGGUCAAUUACACCUUCUAUGGCUGGUUCCAUGGUGACGAAGUAGUCAGUGAGUGCCCCACAUAUCUGUCAGAGAACAACAUAAACACUGGAUGUAACCAGCCCUAUGACGACUCCAUCUCAGUCAGGAGGUUCACCACAUUUUACACCAGACUGGUACACGGAGAAGAUGUCCAUCAGAAGGAGCAUUAUCUUAAAGAUAAAGUGAAGUUAAAUCCACCACCAGCAAACGUGAGUGACCAGAUCUAUCUGUGCCUCACUUGGACCCAGAUUUUACCUAACUGUGUGGAGAGUGAAGCUCGUUACAGGAUCAGUGACAGCUCAUGGGAGACUUCUCGUGUCAGACCUGGGAUGCAGGAAUACUGUAUCAACAUGCCCUCCGCCAAAUCCCUGGUUGAGCUGCAAGUGCGGAGCAAAAUGGAUUCCGCCUGUGGAGGGUCUUUAUUCUGGAGUGAGUGGAGUGAGCCUGUGGUCUGGGGAUCCAACAAAAGCACAGUGUAUCCAAUGAUCCUAAAUAGCUCUAAGUGUGAGCUUCAGUCGGUGGUCCUGACCUGUGUGUGUAUCAGUGAGGGGUUUCCUUUACCCACCAUCAGAUGGCCGCUGUUGAAGAACCAAGCAGAGUACUCUGUUACGACCACUGUGUCAAACCACACAGUCAACAGCACCCUCACCCUAACUGUCAAGGACCACAGCAACAUUUCUAUUGAAUGUGUGAGCAGUAAUGAAGGUGGGGAAUCAAAAGCAGACAUCAUCAUCAUAACUUCAGAGAGGCGAGAAGAUGAACAUGGACUAAGUGCAGUGCCUCUCUUGACUGUCGUCGCUGUUGUAUCUCUUACUGUGAAUGUCCUCUGCAUGAUCCCCUUCAUAUUCCUUUGGAUCACAAGAAAAAAGGUGAAACCAAAGCAAGAGGACAGAACAUACAUGUCACUGAAGAAAACAGAAACAUCACCGGAGUAUGAUGUGAUUGGCCAUCCUCUGAGCUAACAAGGUUCAGCUUCCACUGAGUGUCAUAGAAAAUGAUACUUCCGUACUCUGAUUUAAAACAUGUAUAUGUUAUAAGUAAAACGCUUCUCAGUUUCUUUUUUUUAAUUUUACCACACCUAUAUUUAGUAUUUUACAGUAUAUAUAUUUUUUUGUUUACAUUUACUGAACCAGGGGAAGUCCACUGAGUACACAUUAUUCCAGUAUAAUCAUAGUCAUCUGUUGUAGGUGCCUGGGAUUUAAGUGCUUUGCAGAUUUCUCAACGAGUCUGGAGAUUUGGAAACAGAUGUUUUCAAGUGAAAUUAAUUAUUUGAUAUUUUUAUAUUAUUUUAUCAUACAAUGUUUAUGAGCUGUCAUUGUGGUCACAACUGUGUCUUUAACAAUGUGCCUUGAAUACACUCUUUAAAACCAACCUGAUUAUCUUUGCUGUAUGGCGUAUGCAAUUCUUUUUGACAAU